UAAAUAUGCACUUUUUAUGUGCAUAUCUAAUGUUAUGGUAGGCUCCUCUCACUGUUGGUUCAUUUAAUACCCAGCAGUUCACACUUUCACUAAUUAUAUUUAUUAUUAGUUUCUAAAAGUAAAUCUCUGCUGUAAGUAUGGAUUUGUACGAAGUGUAUAUUAAAGCAGUGUCGUUUUCUGCGGGUUGUGCAUCCACUGCAAUGAUGUUGACGCCUUUUCGAUUUAUUGCGUUGCAUCGCAUAAAUGAGCCUUUUACGAGGAACAUGUCGCUGGAACAGGUCGCUGAAUACGAGGGAGACUACUUUCGCCUUACAGGCCACAGAGGUGCCUUGACAUCGAGUAUCGAAAGUUGACAAAGCAUACAAAUGUCGAAUUCCACUUUAUUAUUAAAAUUUGAUCAGGAGAGAAUGGGAGAUGGUAGGUUAGUAUGCAAGGAUAUUGUGAAGAAAAAGACGUCUGACCAUGUCAAUUUAUCUACAUUUGUUGGUGCACUUUUUAGAAGCUCACUAUUUUUUCGUCAGGGUUUUAUUUUAAAUUUACAAACAGUGAUGUUUGUUCAUGGAAUGGGACUAUUAAUUAAUACAUUAUACUUAGCGCUUUAUUGGUAUUACUCAAAUAAAAAAAUGAAUGUAAUAACAACACUUUUUAAGACCACAUUAUUGAGUUCAGUUCUACUGACAUAUUCAUUUAUAGAAUCAACAGAUUUAGUUGUGACUCGAUUCCCAAUUAUGGUAUCAAUCAUACACUUGUCACUAAUUGGUUGGCCAUUACUAUCAGUUAGAGAAACUAUAAAAACAAAAAAAUGGUCAGGACAUCCAAAGCCAAUUUUGAUAAAUUCUAUUGUUCUCUGUAUUUUAUGGCUUCUGUAUAGUAUCAACAUAGGAAAUAUUAUCAUUUUUACUCAAUGUUCAGUAGCAUUCAUAUUUAGCUCGGCACAAUUAGGAUUAUGGGCAAUUUACCCAGAAGAAAAAAAUCAACGCGAUAAAAUGGAAAAACAUGAAUGAUUACUGUUGAUAUAGUUUUACAAUUUUUUGUUAUAAUUUUAAUAAAUAUUUGAUUUCAUAAAAUAAAAAAAAAUAUCAUUUUAACAAUGUUCACUAUAAAUCGACUCCUUAAUUUUGUCCAACACAUAUAAUAAAUAAAACAAUGCAAAGUAGACAAAAAAAAAAAAUGUAUUACUAAUUAUAAUUAUUGUGGAAAUCCAGUUCUUUGAAUGUAAUUCACAGUUUAUAUAAAAGGG